AUGUUUGCGUCAAUAUUAACGUACCAAUCAAAGCCGCCGUAUACUUCAAUUUUUGACCCGGGACCUACCGGCGCCGGUCCGGGUCCGGCGUUUAGGGCUGUCGAUCCACGGCGCCGGCCAGGAACCGGCUUCUGGACGACUGUUCCCGCCGCCCGAUCCUUCUACUAUACUCUUCUAUAUGCCCCCUUUCAGUUAGCGGGUCAGAGUUUUCAUGUGAAAUUCGAGGUGUACACUGCGUGGCGGCCCAACAUCCAGUUUUCUUUGGUUCCAAUUGAAUGA